CUUCUUCACUAUUCAAAUCCUCUUCCUUCAACGGUCCAAAACCCACCACAACUAAUGAAAUCCCCGCAGGGCCGCAAUUCAUUUCCAAAACUAGCCGUUACCAUUUCCAGUUCUUUCUCUAAACAGUCCUCUAUCUCCUUCCUAAUAAAAUCUUCCCAGAUUCUGCCAUUUCAUCACCUUACCAUUUAAAGUCUUCAUUGUUUAAUUCUUUAAACAAUUAUCAUCUUCAUACUAAUAAACAAAAUCCAUUAUCCAUGGCUGAACCUCCGAGCAAAAACCCCACUUCUUUCUCUCAAAUACCUAGUAGGCCUUCUAAUCCAAGAAACACAGAGGUUAACAACCCAAUUAGGAGGAGUUCUUGCGGAAGCACAUUUACGAAGCCUUCUAUUAUUACGAGUCAAAGGCCCGGCUUUAUCCCAAAUACUCCUGCUAAUAGUCCGGCAGAUCAUCUGCGAAGAAGCUCUAUUUUUAAAGAAAAUGUAGUUGUCUCAUUGCAUGAUUCUGAGGACAAAGAAAACAGUAAAGAUCAAGAUUUGAAGCAGGCCAUAGCUCGAUCACCAGCUUCUACAAAGGGUACAAAGAACUUCAUGUCACCAACAAUCUCUGCAACCUCAAAAAUCAAUGCAUCCCCAAGAAAGAAAAUACUAACUGAGAGGAAUGAGCCAACUUGUACUUCUGUUUCAUUCACUGAUUGUAAAAACCUUCAGAAGGAAGAUUCGGAUUGGAAGCCUGAAAAGGGUUUGAAUCAGAAGAAGGGCCCAUUUGAUCCAACAAUCACUUAUUUGGGGGAUAAGGACACCUCACAAAGCAAUGAAGAUUUUGAUUCUUUGGUACAUUCAAGUAUAAAAGUUGAUUGGGAAUUGCCAGAAAGUGCAACUUUGGAAAAGGGUUGGAAGAAGGAGGUGGUGUCACUUGUCCCAACAAUUACUUAUUUGGAUGACAAAGACAACUUAACAAAAAGCGAGGAUUUUGAUUCUGUGGUACGUUCAAGUACUACAGAUGACUGGGACUUGUUAUCAGAAAGUGCAAAUCUAGAAAAGGGUUGUGUUAACCUUGAUCCAAGUUUUAAGAUUAGUCCAAGGGCUUCUUGUUCUUUGGCACCUCUUGAUGCGGAUCCAUCAAUGCCUCCAUAUGAUCCCAAAACCAAUUACCUCUCGCCCAGGCCUCGGUUUCUUCAUUAUAAGCCUAACCCAAGAGUCCAAAUGUAUCUUAACAGAGAAAGAGAUAGCAAUCAGCUUGAGGAGAGUUCUGCCUCUGAAACUUCAGAUACUGAUGUUACUGAAGAAGAAACCCUGUCUGAUGAUUCACAGAAAGAAUCUGAAGAUGCUUUGUCAGGUGAUGUGAUGUACAAAGAAGAAGAAGAAGAGCUGCUUGUGUCUGUACCAAAUCCAUUGAGUGCAUCUGAGGGGGCCGCUGAAGCAAAAAGGUUCCUUAAGCCAAAUUUCUUUACAAAAACAAAGUUCAAUGCUUUGCUUUUAAUCCUGGCUAUUGCUUGCUUAUGGGCCUCGGUCACUAAUUCACCAGUUAUGGAUCCACCUGUGCUCAAUAAUUUAAGCUUCCCUAAUCCAUAUGUGCCACCUGAAAUCUCAAAGUUCAUCAGAACCAAUUUGGAAGGUCUAGCUCAUAAGUUUCAGCAAUGGAUAUAUGAUUCUCUCUCUUAUUUUCAUAAUCUGAUCGUCAACUUCAAAGAAUGGCUCAAUCCUGGUCCAUUACAGUUUGCCAACUUGACCACUUUGCUAGAGGAUGGUUCAGCUGAUAAUCACAUUUUAGGGGAUCACAGUCCUUUUGGUGCAGCAGUGAAGUACGAAAGAAAUGAGUUAAGGCUGACAAGGGAGGGAGAGAUUGAUAUUAAAUGGUUGGAGGAAAAGGAGGAUCAACUAAUUGAAGAUGAUGAGAAGGAAACUGAUGAAAAUAUUGAAGAAGCUGUAGAAGAAGAAAAGAAUGACCAAGAAUAUGAAGAUAAAGAAGUGAUCGCAGCACAUGACAUCCCUGACAAUGUUGAGGUUCCAGGGAACGAUAUUGUUCUGGAAUCUGAAGGAAUAAAUAUGACUCUGCAGGCUGAGGUGAUUGAACCUGAUAGUACACCUACAGAGGUGACUCAAAAAAGUGGCAGCAUUGGUGAGCUGCAAAGUAACACAGAUAAAAACCUGCUAGUUCCAAUCCCACAGGCUGCUGAAAUUCAAACAGAAGACUCUUUUUGCAUACAACCUCCAGCCGAAAAUGACAAGAGUUCAGCUGCAACUGACUUCUCCAUUGCAGGAAAUAUACCUGAAAGCUUAGAUUCAAAUUCUGGAAAGAAGAAUCCAGAGAGUUCAGAAUCAGUGGACUUGGAAAUUCAUAGAAGUAAGAACCUCUUUUCAUCUCAGAUAGUGAUGGGAAUUUCCUUGCUUGUUUUGGGUCUACUCGCUGUUUUUGCUUUCAUUCAUACGAAUAAUAAAGCAUCCACAAAACCAAAUGUUGCAAUUGCAAUGGAUCAAGCGCCACUGACCAAGAAACUGGAUUACAGUCCCCUGACAGAUGUUGAAACAGUUGGAGAGUCAUAUCCAUCAGAAAUGAGCAGUUUCGAGCAUGGCUCCUCUUAUAGAAAGGAAGGAAAUAAAGGGACAAGAGAAGCUCAGGGCCAGGGAAGGAAGCCUCGAAGGAACUCCAGGAGAGAAUCUCUAGCGUCAUCUGACUACUCUACAGAGUCACAGUCUUAUGGAAGUUUUACCACAUAUGAGAAAAUUCUCAGCAAAAACGGAAAUGGAGAAGAAGAGUUGUUUACUCCAGUUAGGCGCUCAAGCAGAAUCAGAAACCAUGUCACUUCUUCAUGACACAAAUGGAUAAGUUCUUUUGAGUGAUGCUAUGUACCAUAUUGUGCAGUUUUAAAUUGCUUUCUAAUACAGAAGAUUGCUUUGAACUAAUUUUAUAGGCAUCUAACUAUUGUGCCUUUCUCUGUACCUUGCAUUCUUUUUCAUGGAAUUGCUUCACAGUGUGAAGUUCCA